AUAAUUAACGAUACGAUUAGAAGCCAUGAACUUAUUUACUCGGGAAACGACAGGCGUUACACAAAGGGAUCCUGCAACCUUGUGACGUUUGUACACGUACAUGACCAAGAAGCAGGACAGACGGGAUAUAAAAGCACUCGCAGGGACCUCCCUCGGCAGUCCACACCGAGGCUCACCCCACUAACUACCACACCAACAAUGAAGCUGCUGUUGAUCACCGUGUGUAUUGCCGUGCUGAUGAGUUCGUGCAGACCAGAGGACGUUUCCAACCAUCAUGUUGCUGCUCCUGAAGGAGGGCCUACCAGCGAAAGUCAUGGUGGUCACAGUGGUGUGUCAACAUCCCGCGACCACUCCGGGAUUUCCCCAGAUGUUUAUGCUGAUCCAUACACUAAGACUUCGAAGGACAAUCUCUCCAACAUCGGUGUCGGUUUUCACUCCGGUCAUGGUGUACAUAGCAGCGACACCACUUUAAAAAAAGGCUUCGAUAGUGCCGCAGUUAGUUCUUUCAGUGUCAAAACUAAGUCCUUCGACAGUGGCUUGUCAGGUGACUUUGUAGGUUCCAAUGUUGGCCGUGGUAGCAUGUUAGGUAGUUCAUAUGGUUCCGUUGGUUCGUUUGGUAGCUACGUGGGUGCUUUAGGAAAUUCACCCGGUGCCCUUGGUGGCUUCAGAGACAGUCAUGGUUCCUACAGUGUCCCUGACAAGGUAACUAGCAGUCGUGGUGACUUUUCUGGUAGCUUUGUUGGGCCUCAUGGUAUAAGCGACAGUUCCAAGAAGCAGUUUGGUGGCUCCUAUGAUGACGCAGGUAAGUUUAUUGGUCUUCAUAGCGAUUUUGCCUCUAGCCUUGAUGGAUCCCUUCGUGGUCAUAAGUCAUUAGGAAAUGGGCCUAGCUACGUGGGUGCCCAUAGUAAAGCUGCUGCUGGUCUUCGUGGGUCCCUCGUUAGUUACAAGUCUUCGUCCAUCGAUCAGGGCUACGUGGAUAAUCAUGAUAAAGCAGCUGGAGUCACUGAUGGGUCUCUUAGUGGUUUUAAGUCUUUGGGUGGUGGUCAUGGACAUUUGGGCGGUCAUGAUAAAGCAGUAGAUGGACUGAAUGAGCCUCUCGCUGGUUAUAAACCUUUGGGAAGUGGUGCCAACUUCGUGGGCGGACAUGGUAAAGUCUCUGGUGGCUUUGGUGGCUUCCCCAGUGGAUUUAAGCCUUAUGACAGAGGUGUUGGCAACGGUGGCAAUCCUGGCAGCCUUAUCAGUGGCUUUGGUGGGUAUCUCAGUGGUAUCAAGCCUUAUGACAGAGGUGUUAGCACCGUUGGUAAUCAUGAUACUAUUGCUGGCUCCUUUGGUGGGUCUCUGAGUGGUAUCAAGCCUUAUGAUAAAGGUGUUGGAACCAUUGGUAAUCAUGGCAACAUUGCUGGUGGCUUUGGUGGGGCUGUCAGUGGUAUCAAGCCUUAUGACAGAGGAGUUAGCACCGUUGUUAAUCAUGGUACUGUUCCUGGUAGCUUUGGUGGAUCUCUCAGUGGUAUUAAGCCUUAUGGUAAAGGUGUUAGCACUGUUGGUAAUCAUGGUAUUAUUGCUGGUGGCUUUGGUGGGUCUCUCAGUGGUAUCAAGCCUUAUGACAGAGGUGUUAGCACCGUUGGGAAUCAUGGUACUGUUGCUGGUAGUUUUGGUGGGUCUCUCAGUGGUAUCAAGCCUUAUGGUAAAGGUGUUAUCACUGUUGGUAAUCAUGGUACUACUGCUGGUGGCUUUGGUGGGUCUCUCAGUGGUAUCAAGCCUUAUGACAGAGGUGUUAGCACCGUUGGGAAUCAUGAUACUAUUGCUAGUAGCUUUGGUGGGUCUGUCAGUGGACUCAAGCCUUUUAGCAGUGGUCGUAGUUACAUGACUGGUCGUGGUAGCCACGCUCUCCCAGUGGGUUAUCAUCGUGGCAACCAGGGCUACAUUGGCGACCGUGGUAGCUACUUCGACGUCCCUAACACAUACAAACCAACCCACUAUGGUUCGGAAAGAUAAUUUAGACAGAUGGACUACAAUGUUUAUUUCACGUGAUGGAUACAAUAAUUCAUGUUAAGCGCUAAACCUAUGUGGGCCAUUCAACGCAAGACAUGGUGAAGGCUUAAUUCUCCGUCUGCUAAGCGCCAGACCGACGAGCUUCCUAUUUGUACUCACCUAGAGAUCUCCACGUCUACAAUAUUUUUAUGCUUUAUCAAGCGAUGAAUUGGUCA